AUGGAAGCGUUGCAGAAGCUGAAGACUCUUGCGCUUCAAUGCACCGCCGCCUCGCCGUUCCUCAGCUUUCGGCGGCGCAAGACUCUCAGAAGGAUUUUGAGAAGCCCAUUCUCUUCUCGACGACGCCGCCGCCACGCGGAUCUCUCCAGAUUGAAGCAGGCAGCCAAGGAGAAGAAGCCCUUGAUUGCCGGGAACUCGCUCAAGGACCUGUUCGUGAAAUCACCGCCGCCUUCUCCAGAAGUGCUCGGCGGCGGCGGCGUCGGCGAUAGCGGUCGCUGGAAGAGGAUUGCGAUGGAUGGGCUGGGUGGGUCGGGUCAUCGAGGUGUAGUAAUUGGCCGGCGGGUUGGAUUGGCGGGGUUGCGGUAUCGAUUGCUGAGGCCGGCCUGGCGGCCUAAGCUCGUGGCUAUACCGGAGCUGAGAACUGAGGAUGCUGAGUUUAUAUUGUAA